GGCAGAGCAGCUGGAGGAGGAGAGGGGAGGAGAAGAGGCCAAGAUAAGCGGCCGAGAUAAGCCCAGAGGCCAACAACUCUCACGUGGAAGCUCACCCGCCCGCAGGCUCCAGCAUGAAGGUCUCCGGGGGGCUGCUGUGCCUGCUGCUCACCGUGGCGGUGGCCGCCCUCAGCUCCCAGGUGCUCGCUGGGCCAGGGGCCCUCAAUAUCGGGUCCACCUGCUGCUUCAAAUUUUACAAGAAGAUCCCUUUGCAGAAGCUGAGGAGCUACCAGGUCACCAGCAGCCAUUGUGGCCUGAAAGCUGUCAUCUUCAUAACCAAGCUGGGCAAGGAGGUCUGUGCCAACCCGAAGGAGAAGUGGGUCCAGGACCACAUGAAGCACCUGGACAUGCCGAGACCACGCCAGACCACGCCGAGAUCACGCCAGACCACGCCGAGAACGCCCCUGGCCACGCGGAGACCACACUGAGACCUCCCCCGGCCACGCCGAGACCACGCCGGAGUGUGGGACGUGAACAUGUAUUCUCCAGCGCCCCCUGCCCUGAUUGCACCGUCAUUUUCAAAUAGGGUGCCUGGGGGGCAGUGCUGUUUUGUCUUAAGUACUGUUUAAUAUUAUUUGCAUUAUUGCUGGUUUGAGGUCUAUUUUGUAUAUUGACAAUCUUUUUGUACUGUUUUUUAUUUUCUAAUUGGAUUUCUUGGGUGGCAUUGGUUAAUAAAAUUAUAUAGAUUGCAGGUGUCCGGUUCUAUAAGCCAUCAUCUGUACAUUGUGUGUUCACCACCUCACGUCUAGUCUCCUUCCAUCUCAUGUGUAACCCCUGUUCCCUCUCCCGCCUCCCCAUGCUGUAAUCACCAUGCCGUUGACUGAGUUCAUGAGUUUUUUUGUUUUGUUUGUUUUUGCUUGGCCUGUCUGCUUUAGAGGAAUGCCUUGAGCCCGUUGGUUCCUGUCAUGGGCCCUGUUCCUCCCGCGGUAAGUGGCAGGCAGGGUCUCUCUCCUGCCUCCCUGCCCCGGGCUGGUGGCCAUGCCUGUGAGGACCACGGGGAUGAAGAACCGUGAUGGCUAGGGAGGAAAGUGCCUGGUGAGUGCCAGGUGUUAACUAAAUAUGUGACUGUGGAGAAAAUGCGAUUGUGGCACUGCUAACAUUUUUUGCAAGAAAUACAUUGUAUUUAAAAUCUCUA